GAGGUCCGGGAGCCUCAUGGUGGUUGAGGUACAUCGACGAGAGAAGAGAAGAACUCGCCCUGAUCAUUCUCCUCCAGACUUAACCUCGUAAUCUACUUCCUGUCUACUUGUUCACAUUCCAAAACACAAGAUAUACCAUCAUCAAUCUAUCUAUCAACUCACGAUACGCAACCUAUAAUCAUAUCCAUCAUCAACCACCUCACCAACAAAACCAACUCCUACAACCAUCCACAAUAACCACCACCAAAAUGAUGGACUUCUCCCCUCUAGCAACCCUAAACUCCCCAGGCCUGCUAUUCAUCUACAUAGGCAUAGCAUUCUACCUCUGCAUAUGCUCCGCCAUCGGUUUCCUCGCCGCACACAACAAACACAAAGGGCAAACCAUAUUCUCCCUUUCGCCGCAACUAUCCACCGUCCUAAUCGGUAUCUUCUACACCCUCUUCUUCAUAAUCUUCCUAAUCCCCUUCAUCCUCGGCGCCGCUUUAUGGACACUCAUCGGCGCGAAGCUAGUCGCUGCGUAUAAACGCGCAGGCGAGAGGAACCGGAGACGGGAUAGUUUGGAUGGGAGUAGUGUGUUCAUUGGUGAACGCACUUUAACACGCUCUAGCAGCGGUGGGGAGGGGGGCGGGGAGGGAGAAGGAUGGACUGUGCAGCAGAUCCGCGCUGCUGCUUUGGCACCGCAGGAUCCGCCUGGGUAUGAUGGGAAUGGGAUCGGUAAUCCACCGGUAAAUUCAGACGUGGAUGUCGAGAGGGGCGAGGUCGUCGUCGUCAUACCCCAGGAGCCACCGCCGGCGUAUGUGCCGACUCGAUAUACUCCGGCGAUGUUAAGCGAGUUGGCAAGGAAUAGGGAUCAAGCAGCGUCUUAGGUAUUGUUGGUGAUAUCCUGUCCCUGAGCAACGUGGUGGUUGUGCUAACUGAUGACAGAUUCAUCGAAACUAUAAUUAGGUAUUUAAUCUGGGAGUUAGGUGUGCAUUAGCAUUGGGCAUUAUGGGAGUUAUUUAUGGCAUAUUUAACUAGGGGCAUAAUGAGGCGGGUUUAUACGCAUACCUGAGUU